AUGGCCGCCGCAGCUUUUCGAGAUGCCGGCGUCCGAUGGGUCUGCGCUGGUUGGACUGUAUUCACGGUCGAGAACCUGGUUAUGUCAGAGUACAAGGUGGAGAUCAAGAAGUAUUGGGGAGGCAGUGGUGGACCAGGUGCUUACCAAACCAUGUAUAGCACACUUUCGGGACUUGCAUCAUUUUCCAUCUUUGCAGCGUAUUGGCGCUUUGCGCGUCACGGCUUGGCCCUGCGCAGUCCCAGCUCGACAGAGCGGCUGUUGGCCUUUGGCUUUCGUGUGCUCGGCCUGGGUACACUGAGCCAGCUGAUGCCUCCCAUCAACCUCGGAGCGUUGCAGAUCGCGCUAGGCCUGUAUGAGCCGCCCAAGGAUCUGCCGCCCCAAGUGCGAGGAGCGAUGGCAUGCCCCUUUGACUUCAAUGCGCAUGCUGGGCGUGGAGAGGUCUUUGGCAUCACUCGCCUGUCGCGGCGUCCUGAACUUGCUGGUAUUGGCUUUUUCGGUAUCGGCGGGGCUUUGGUUGCGACGACAGCAACCCAGAUGGCGUUCUGGGGGCUUGGCCCCGUCGUCUCAUUUAGCAUUCUCGCUCUGCACAGCGAUCGCGUGCAACGACGCAGUGGGGAGAUGUCCACUUGGAAAGAGGAGCAGACGUCACUGGUACCUUUCCUAGCUUUACUGGACGGCCGACAGUCGUGGGCAACUUUUUACAACGAGCUUGUCAUGCAGAAUCUGAUCGCUGCUGCUCUUCUGGCAUCCUUCUACAGUGAUGAUCCCAAGUUUGAGCUCAGCUACACGUGGCCCCCGGGAGAAGACAAGAACUACGCUGGUCUGAGGUUCAAGACGGAGGAGCUGCCCCAAAAGGAGAUUUGGGACGGAAACUUGGAUUCGUGCAGCCUCUCUGCAUCUUGA